GUUCGACGGCUGGAAGAAAACAAUAUUGGUUGUUUUGUUUUGAUGCUUCACUUCAAAUAUUGAAUAUAUGUAACGAUGCCCAAGAUACCGAAGGCAAAAAUCAAACCACCAGUCGAAAAGGACAAAAGCCAAUGGGUGCUCAUUACACCAGAAUCCAGUGUCAGUGAAGUCAAACCAAAUGAUGAAGAACCAUGUUUUGUAAAAUUACGUCAUCCCAAAACAGAACAAGGUGCAAUGUUUAUGUUGACAAACAACAACACAGAAAUCCUUGAGGUUUUGCGAUUUGAUGAUCAGUACAGAUCAUGGUUUAUAGGAGAAACAGUUCAGCAAGAUGGAAGUAUGUUCAUGUCUACUGCUAUUGAUCCACUGUUUUUAUUGCUACCGUACAUCGUUAAAGCUGAUAAGAGUAGUAUGUUUAUGACAUUGGAUCAGAUUGUUACAGAUGAAGAUUACCCACAAUGCAUCAAAUUACUCAGCUGUAGUGGUAUUUCAGACUUGUGUCAUAUCACUGAUAGCAAAGGGAAUGAAGACUUCAAAGCCUACAGAUUGAACAAAGAUAAGCUGAUGGAAUGGUUAAAACUGAAAACUGAGAGACUAGCAGACUGCCUGGAGAAGCACAGUAUCCAUGCAGUGGGUGUGAAAGCAGAGACAUUUGUACGAAGUAGUAAGGAUAAUAGUGUUACUAGAGAUGACUAUCUACGAUUCUCUCACGGGAUGAUGUCUGAUUAUCUUAGUAUAUCAUUAAGUAAAGAACUCAAUCAGUUUUUAGAUAUUAAAGAGAAAGUGGUGGAGAAAUCCUCCCCUGAGGGACCUCCUGCUAAGAAACUAAGGUUAUCCAAUGGUUGUGAACCUGACGAAGACUACACCAAGUUCAAUAGUACAGAAUCUAACACUGUGAAGCCUGCUGGAAAGUUAACAAAUGCUCAAAAAACCCUGAAAAAAGUGGACAAGUCUGGGAUGAAGAAUAUCGCAAGUUUCUUUUCACCAAAGCCACCAACUAAAAAAAGGAAAAAGUGA